GCAGAACAAAUGACUAUCUGUUAAACCAGGCAUAGCAAUCACAUACGAAAGAUACGUUCUUUGCGCGAGUUAGUGGUGCGCACGAGUUAUACACCACGUGCGUUUAUUAAGAUCGAUUGUAAAAAAGAAUGCUCCCAGCUGCGUCAUGCCUGCUCACUUGGCGGUAUUGGCACGGGCGCUAGGGUGCUAUUGAAAACCACGAGAAGCAAGGGUACUCCUGCCAACGUGAGCUCGAACUUUCAGAUUGCUCACCGGUGAAAUACGGUCGACAUCACUGCGAACCCGAGCAUGGCCGUGCGCUUGUUAGUCGGUGCGCUGACAUUCCUGUUGGCCACCCUGCCGGCACAAGCGUCGGGCAGGUUUCUCGGCAUGUUCGCUGCCCAGCAGACCCCUAUUGACCCCUGCUACGAUGAACUGGGCCAACCUCGUCGAUGCAUCCCUGACUUCGUAAAUGCUGCUUUCGGAAAUUUGGUAGAGGUGUCCAGCGUGUGCGGGAAGCCACCCAGUCGCUUCUGCGAGACUUCGACCAGCCAGAGAGGAAGAGUGGAACGGACCUGUGACAUCUGCGAUGCCAGUAAUCCUAGCCGUAGUCAUCCGGCAACUUACCUGACUGAUUUGAACAACCCCAAUAAUGUAACUUGUUGGAUGUCGGAGCCUUUGAGUAGUCAUAUUCACAACGUGACACUAACUUUGAGCUUGGGCAAGAAGUACGAACUAACUUAUAUUAGCCUACAGUUUUGCUCAGAAAAGCCGGACUCUCUGGUCAUCUAUAAAUCCACUAACUUUGGCAAAACCUGGCAGCCGUUCCAGUUCUACUCCAGCCAGUGUCGUGCCGUCUACGGAAAAUCCACCCGUGCUCCCAUCACUCGAGCUAACGAACAAGAAGCUCUGUGUACGGAUCCUCAGUCGAACGUGGACACUUUAGCUGGUGGAAGGAUCGCCUUCAGCACGUUGGAAGGUCGACCGUCAGCGUACGACUUUGAUAACAGUCCUGUGCUUCAAGACUGGGUCACAGUUACUGACAUUAGAGUUGACUUCAAUAGGCUAGCCGGCAACACAGAUUACAAUGAUAAUGACACCCACAGUAUUAACGAAAGUUUCUACUACGCCGUUUCUGACUUUGCAGUUGGUGGACGUUGCAAGUGUAACGGCCACGCUUCCAGGUGUAUCCCAGACAAAUCUGGAGAAUUGGUAUGCGACUGUAAACACAACACAGCCGGCAGAGACUGCGAGAAAUGCAAGCUCUUUCAUUUUGACCGACCCUGGGGAAGGGCCACUGCCCAUAAUGCUAACGAAUGUGUCGCUUGCAACUGUAACCUUCACGCCAGGAAAUGUCGGUUUAACAUGGAAUUAUACAAGCUAUCCGGCCGCACCAGCGGUGGAGUCUGCUUGAAAUGCCGGCAUAACACGGCUGGACGCCACUGUCACUACUGUAAGGAAGGUUUUUACCGCGACAAUAGCAAGCCCAUCACUGACCACAAAGCCUGUAAACCAUGCGACUGCCACCCCGUGGGGGCGUCGGGACGAACUUGUAACCAGACUACCGGUCAGUGCCCCUGUAAAGAUGGCGUCACUGGAGUAACCUGUAAUCGCUGCGCCAAGGGUUAUCAACAGAGCCGAUCCCCUAUUGCUCCGUGCAUCAAAAUCCCACGCAUAGAUGUUGUCACUCAGGCUCCCAGAAAAACGACUCCAGAUAAUUGUGGAAAAUGCAAAAAACGGAGCAAACGUGUGAAUCAGAAGAGAUACUGCAGAAGGAACUAUGCUAUGCUCGCCACAGUACUAGCAAGUGAAAGAUACGGACAGAAAUGGGUACGGUUCACUCUUCAUAUCAUGCAAGUUUGGAAGUACGGACCCACAAAGCUACGAAGAGGCACAAUAUUCUACUGGGUCAGGGUGAAACAUGUCGACUGCAAGUGUCCAAAACUUAACCUGAAGACGUCUUAUCUGAUUUUGGGAAAAGACAAAGGAAGACGCAAAAGGCCAGGACUUACCUCCAAUAGUAAGACAAUUGCCAUAAGAUGGAAGGACAAGUGGGCAAGACGCGUACGUCGGUUUGAACGACGUGAGAAGAGCAGACGAUGCAAUUGAUGACGUGACAUAUUCUGUAAUCCAGUUAAAGCGUCAUGGUUGUGUUUCAUGCGCUCUUUUUUUUUCUGAACAUUCGAACAAAACAUUUAGGUGUACGCCAGUGAAAAAAAUGUAAAUAUAUGUAACUGUCUGUAUUAUGUACGUAACCGUUCCUCCACAAUGCUUUUAUGCUCUCAUCAAUGGGCAAAAUAUGUGCCAAUUAAAAUUGUACCAAACUUUCGAUAAUGGCCUAAUUUAGGCCUAAUGAAACUAAUUUUUGCAGAGCCAUUGUGCAUAACGUCUGCGAUAUUAUUUUCACUUGCUGCUUGUAAAGUUCCUAUACGUGUUUAUAAUAAGUGAUUUUUUUUUUAUUAAAGCUUAAUAUUUAUAUAUUAUUACUAGGAUUAAAAUAUGAUAAGUCUGACUACCGAUAGAUAUUUCUUUGCUUCUCAAACGGGUUUAUUUGAACGUUGUUAGAUGGAACAAAAGUUUAUCACCACCAAAUUAGUUUGCCUAUUUUAAAAAUCAGCAUUCUUAUGUAAUCGGUAGUUUCAAGGCUUAGUUUUUCAGUAUAAGAAAUACUAACCGAAAGUCGUAUAUCUUGUUUUGAUUAUUACUAUUUUAAACAAACUUACAAGGUAAACAAGCACAAAAACAACAUAACCGAAUUCAAGAUAUUUGAAAGAGUGAAAGUUUAUAUUUGGUCAGAGAUAACGGGAAUUAAUCCGUCAGUGGUUAAUCUAUAAAACAAAAAAUAAGUAACCUUUUAACUUUUAAAUCUACGCUCUACGUCGUGACAAAAAUAAGGUAUCCUUCUUCUUGAUAAUUAAAUGGGUAAAUUUAAAUUGAUAAUCUGACGAAACAAAUUAUAUAUGUGUAUACUUACUACCUUCUUAAAUGAUAUCCAUUGGAAAAUAACAUCAUAACAAAAGGUACUACCACAAGGGCGUUUUAGCCAUAAAGCUUUUCAACUUUGAAACAUUACAAAACAAAUCUACAUCAAUAUAUAUAUAUACACACACACACACACAUACAUAUAUAUAUAUAGAAACUUCUUAUUUUACAAAAGUUUCCAUGUAAAGAAGGAUCCAUACGAAUAAAGACAGAGCCAAAGGAACGUAAAAAUCUGAAAAUGAGCAAAGUAGGCCAUAUGGAUUUAAAAGCAAGAAACAUCAAUGAGAAAAGCUAUUCUACAUCUCAUAAUUAUUACGUUCGUUCAAACAGAAAAUAUAUAUCUAUAUAUAUUCGUAGGAUUACCUCUUGGAAUAUACCAAAGACUGACACGGGCGUCAUUUGUUUGGUUUAUAAAAUCAAACAUUAAGGUAUAAUAUCCAAGCUGGUGCUUUAAGUAUGAUUUAUUUUCAAUUUUAAUAAUUAAUUUAAAACUUUAACAUCUACAACGACAAGUGCAUCAACAUAGUGUCUUAAAAUCCACCAACUGAUGUAGGCUUAUCUUGUGAAUUUUUACAGGAUAUUGUUGCAAGCUUCCUAUGAAUUCACCUCAUUGGAAGGUAUUUAUUAUUUCAAAAGUUUAGUAUAGAGUUUAUACUAUGUUCUUUCACAGCUACUAUUGGACAAAAGGAAAAUACAUGUAAAAAAUGACGAGAAAAAGUUUUAGUCCAGUCCUAUUUCCAUAAAAUCAGACUUGCCAAGACAUUUUUGAGUAGAAUAUGGUAUUCAGUGAUGUUUAUGCGAUUUAGACCUGCUGAUUCUGAAAAUGUUCGUUUUUGAACCAAAAAUUAAUCCCUUUUAUUUCCGACCUUUCUAUCUUGAGUUAUAGUGAUUGACUUGUAUUAUGCAUGGAGGCCAUUUUGUUUUUGUACAUUUUUGAGUUCCAAUUGUAAAAUUAAACUUGAUAUACAGCAUUUUUAGAAUCAGCACGUUUAAAUUGCAUAAAAACUACAUAUAUCAUAUGUUAGCUCGUAAGUAGCAAUAGCAUUUCCAAGAAUGGAAGAGAACGUCAUUAAGGAUUAUCUCCUUGAUCUUUACUGAAGUAAACUAGUAUAGACGUUAACGAAUAUGAAUAUAAUUUUAUUAUAUUUCACGUGUUACAAUUUUUUUUCUAAAUAUACAAAAAUUACUUCUGGCUCAAACCUAUAAACUUCAUGUUCCGAAUCCCUUAUUCAAUUUUUCAAUUAGAUGACGAAAUGAAACUGUGUAAAAAUAUACUAAUAGGUGAAAACUUAUCUCUAGAGCACGUUGGAAGUUAUUGAAAUAGACAACCUUCUGAGUUAACUGGUUAUUAUACUUAAGACAAUGUCUCUAUUUACUUACUUGCAUCUUUAUCAUCAGACCUUAUAAAACUUUCACAAAUGAGCUAACAUAUCGUGUACUCCUCAGUUUAUUAGGAAAGCUAUCAAUUAAAAACAAAAACAAAUUCCAAUGUCUUCAAACAAUCGAUGGAACAUCUGUGAUUGAAUUUCUGGUUUCUGUUUUGUUGUCAUAUUCAAUAACCGUAACUCGUACAGAAAAUUUUACAUGCUAUUUUGAAAAAAAUAAAAGUUUAUUUUAACGUUGCAUGAACGUAUAGUUUGAGUAAAGUGGGAAGUAUAGUUAUGUACAUGUAAUUUCACCCUGUUUGAAGCUUGAUAACAGUUUAAAUGUUUAUUUAGUUGAGUAUUCUUUACCUUUCUGUGUUUGAAAGAAAAAUAUUUUUUGUACUUGUAUUUUUUCUGUGUAUAUAGGGUCCUCAGAAUACGUGAAUAUAGAUCAAAUAUACACACACAUAUAUAUAUAUAUAUAUAUAAUUUUUAUUACCUUAAACUAUGCUUAAUAUGUUAAUGAAAUUUAAAGAAGAAUGAAACUUCUUAUGUAUCAAACAAGGAAGUAUUUUUCAGUUUUAAAAAGGUUUUGAGUAGAUUAAGAAUUUUUUUACAAAAGAAAGGUAAAAGCUAUUAUUCUGUCUGGAAAAAAACAGUUUUUGCAAUUUAUCAUGUAGUUUUACACAUUCUUGGUUGAACUGAAAAUAAAUAUUUCAAGAAAUAACAUUAAUAAAAUAAACAAACACUUCUUAGCAGGACCAAUAAGGUUUUCCACCUUUAAAACUUACACAAAUUGUUUGAACAUUUUCCUUUUUGCCUGUCUUAAACCUCUGCUAAUGAGGUAUUUUGUGGAGUAUCAGAACCAAACAAGUAAGUGUAUGAUGGAAAAUCAUAUACAGUAAUUACUGUGAUCUUUCAUUACUCAGUUUCCAAAACGGUAUUCAAGAUUAUAUGUAACGGUAAAAACAGUACUUAUUUUCAGACGUUCCACAUAUUAACUUGAUGUAAUUUCUGACUUAAGUUUAACUUUUGGACUGAUGUACUUUCGUUCGUAUACAUGGGAAGUCUCUUCAUUUUAAACAUUUAAUCUAAUUUUUCAGUAAGCGGCGAAAGACACUAUGAAGUGUGAACACGUGCCAAAAAUGAAAAAAGUUUGAAUCUUAGAUAAUUAGGUAAAGAAAAAUCAACACUAAAACGCCUCUACGGCAUACAAUGAUAAAAUCCAUAAUGCUCAACAAAUACCACAGCACAAAACUAAAAACGUUUCUUCCAAAUUGGUUCUAGUAUUUACAUAUUGUCUGUGUUUGAUAUGUUUGUGAAUCAUAUCACAGCUUAUUAUUAAAUAUGCGUGGUUCAUAUUUUUGUAAGUGUUACGUGUUUGCUUGUAAACGCUAUCUCCACACGAAAAAGGUACACAAUGAUUCAGAUGAUGUUAACUAAGUAUUUAUUGAUGCUCUAUUAGUUCUAAGUUAACGCUUUACAAAGAGUAGUACUUGUAUCGUGUGCUGUAGUUGACUUAGUUUGUAUAUUCUGUGCUCUUUUGUAUUCUGUUGUAUAUGUACAAAUGUUAAUAAUUAUCAAAUCAACGCAUAAUGUUUGCUGCUUUUCUUCUCAGUAAUCAAUAAUGCUUCUCGAAAUAUCUGUCUUAAUGGCAAGUUAGCAUACAAGUGAGUGUAUUUAGAGUAACUGUUUACAUUAAUAAAGGAUUAUUCUCAGCUUUGAUUUGAAUAAAGCAUUCUUAUUCAAGUAAGAAUAUGCAGUAUUGUAGUGUUUAGUGAAUAUUAUGUUGUGCGUAAAUUGUAGCAAAAAUACUUGCCUUUUAGCAGUACAGAAAUGUCGUGAAUACAUACAUAUCUCUAUCUUAUAUGUAUUGUAGAAAUAUUGUUGUUAAAUAUCUUCAGUACAUUCAGUGAUGUAAAUUACACGUAUGUAAAAGGCUAAUGAUGUAAUAAUGAUAAUAGUUUCGGCAAGUAAAAUAAGUAUUGUAGAAAUAUUGUUGUUAAAUAUCUUCAGUACAUUCAGUGAUGUAAAUUACACGUAUGUAACAAGCUAAUGGUGUAAUAAUAAUAGUUUCGGCAAGUAAAAUAAAA